AACACCGCGUAAAUUUCGAACACUCUCAUCCCGCAUCAUUUUUGGAGAGGACGCAGACGAUUGUUCCAUCUUCCUCACAACAGAAAAAGGUUCGUCUGCGUGAAGAACAACAGACAUGGGUGAUGCUAUUCCUUAUGGCUUUUUGAAAAAGCUUCGAAUUCGAAAUAUAAUAGUCAGAGAAUUUUUGGCUGAAUUCUUAGGAACCUUCAUUUUAAUCAUCUUUGGUGAUGCUGCCUUCGCACAGGCUGUCCUGGAGGAGCGCAAAGUGGCGGACGAUGUCUUUGCUGUAACGUGGGCGUGGGGCGUGGCCGUCAUGUUGGGCGUCGCGACCUGUGCGAACGUCAGCGGUGGCCACAUAAACCCGGCAGUAACUGUCGCCUUCGCAACACUCGGUAAAUUUCCCUGGAAAAAAGUUGGUCACUAUCUGCUGGCGCAACACUUGGGUGCUUUUGUAGCUUCUGCAGUACUCUUUGUCACCUACAAAGAUGCCUUGGAUUGGUUCGAUCCAAACAGAACCAUUACAGGUCCAACUGCAACCGCAUACAUUUGGGCUACUUAUCCGAAACCACAUGUUUCCAUUCUCAAUUGUCUUCUAGAUCAGGUCGUCGGCACAGGCUUGCUGAUGUUCACCGCUCUGGCCUGCAUUGACACCAAGAACCUGAACAUGCCCAAGUGGACACACCCUUUCAUUCUCGGCUUCAUGAUUUCUGCACUGGCCAUGUGCUUCGGAGCGAACUGUAUGGCACCCCUCAACCCAGCCAGAGAUUUCGCCACCAGAUGCUUCACUGCUGUUGCUGGAUACGGAAGUGAAGUCUUCACCUAUCGCGAUUACUGGUGGAUCGGCCUGUUUGGACCUCACAUUGGAGCCAUCGUCGGAGGCUGGAUCUACUACCUGGGCGUUGAGUUGCAUUGGCCGGAAACUAGAGACGACGAGAAGAUAGGGGAGCAUCAUGAAUUAACAGUGGCAUUGAAUAGUGCUAACGAUAGAAAAUCGGCAAUAUAAGUGUUAACGAAACUACAGUGGAUAAUAAAUUCGACUUCUGUAAGUAAACGAGAGACUUGUGUUUGACGAGAGUUCUCAAGAACAACAACCACGUGACUGACUGUCAUUUUAUAUAGUGUAGCAUUGUAUUGUUUAUAUGUGGUGACAACAUUCGCUCUUAUUAUGCAUACGAACGGGGCAAGUCGACCCUGUUCAAAGAUAUCUCUGAAGAAAUCACCAGUGUUGUACGUACAUCGCACCACUAGUCAUUUUCUUCAAUCAUCAUCAUAAUUUAUUACAUCAAGUUUCAAUUUUGAAACGGUGAGGUAAUGUACAAUAGGAGAUAUUCAUUUAAACGGAAUCCAAAAGACUCAAUAGAGAAUCUUUAUAAAGAUCAAAUUUUUUUCAAAAGUUUUACUUAAUAUAUUCAUAAAACGAUUUGUAUUAUCGCAUGCCCUGCAAUGAAACAGGAAAAUUUUUUGCAAAGGUCAGAUUGGUUUUGAAAUUAUUGUACUAAAUAAAGAAAUGUAACAUAAAUUCCAUUGUUUCAAAAUGAAUGUACAUUCAUUUUGAAACUAUGGAAUGAUGUAACAUAAGUAAUUAAUGGUUUCUUUGAUAUCCAAAAGUCUACAAAAACGUUAUAGAAUUUCUACAAUUUUUAUAAUGGAUUUAAAUUUUUUACUGUCAGAUUCUCCAAUUUUUUUUAUUUUAUUUAAGAUAACGUUCAUGCAAAUCCAUGAAUAUUUUUAGACAAUUCUUUUUGAUACAUUCGGUUAAUGUUUUUUUUAAACAAAAUCCACGAAGAUGAUAUGAAUCUUUGAUUUUCUAUGACUAACUUCGAUUUAUUGAUGUAAUCUAAUUACAAAGCAUUACCUCAUGAUUCUAACAUAUUGAAUGUAUUUUGUUAGUUUCUUUUUUUUUUUUAGAGUACAGUUUUAAAAUCAAAACUCCCAAGAUUUCAUAUACACACAUACCUACAGCAUGAUAGAUUUUUUUAGCAUAUUUUUUUGUAUCUUUUCCUCUGAAUUGUGUGCUUUUUCGAAAACUUUUUAUCAUUGCAUUUGAGAAUAUUAAAUGUAUCGGAUGUGAAUAUUGAUACGAAAAAAUUUAAUAAAAUAUUGCUUAUUUCCUUUA